ACUUUAUCUGCAUUCUAGCAACGAAGAAAAUUUAACGCAGUAUAGUAUAGCUAUCGCGGUUUUAGCAGAUAGCCUUUCAAAGUCAAGGAGGAAUUCAAGUUGGACGACAGCUUGACUAGUUACUAAAGAGAGGUGAACAGAUUCGAUUGGUUCUACGAAGGAGAAGUUGCGCGAAUUCUUGCUUGCUCAACACUCACUACUCAGUCGACAGCUGAAAAUCAUGUGGUUUGUGGUUACCGGUCACUUUUCGCUCUAUAGUUCAAUUUCAAGCCACUAGAAUUGAGAAUGAAAUUGCUUCUCGGCUUCCCAGUAAAAUACAUUUUUCAUUCAUCAUCAACAAGCGACGAAGUGACGAAGGCGUAAGGUUGUUGCGAGUACCGACUUGUUUUGCGGUGAUGGGUUUACCGUAUGUUUGCCGGUUAAUAAAAUUGAUAAGAAGACAUUCCUUAUCAGCAAUUCCUUGAUUAGCACUGAUAAAUCUCAACUUACUAGAAUACUAGAAAACACAUUAAAUUGAAAUUUUACGAAAUGGAAUACGGAUCAAAACAAGAAAAAUCGGUCGCUAUAAACGGAUUAGCGUGUCUUGUUCAAGCUCUUAGAAAUAUCCGCAUCAGAAUCGAUUUACAAAACGAAUCAUCCGUUUCUGGAAUCGCCAAAGAAAUUGAUGGAUAUAUGAAUAUUUUACUAGAAGAGGUCAUUUACGAAGACUGCGAAGAAAACAGCUACAAUUACGAAACCCUUUACGUAAAAGGAAGGAACAUCCGGUAUAUUCACAUCCCAAAACAUUUGUUGGUUAGGGAGACCAUAUUGAAAUAUCUCAGUAAAGUACAAGGUAAAGCAGGCCCUAGAAAAACAACAGCUGUAGAAAGGUUUAAACAAAGCAAAUUGAUGCAGAGACAGCGCGAAACAGUAUUAUUAGUGGAAAAAAUUAAAAAGGAGAGACAGGAAGCCGCCACUUCGAAAGAUGAGUAACUAAAACGUGGAUUUACUUCUUGACUGUGAUAAAUAAUAUCGUGUAUGUAAUAUACAUAAUUAUUCAGUA